AUGGAGUCCGCCGCCCCCUAUGCUAUCUCAGUGAGAGAUCAAACUGGUUCGAUUGUUAUCGUCGAGACAUUGUUCAUGUCGUGGAUGAUAUUAGUAACUCUGAUCCGACUGUACUUGCGCCUCGCCAUCAAUGGGCCGUUGCAGAUUGAUGAUUUGAUAGUGUUCAUCGGAAGUGUAAUGGCUGUCGCCCAUACAGGAACAAUUAUGGGUGCAAUUUCCCACGGUCUGGGUAGAUCGCAAGACGAGAGCAUGUUAUCGGAUUUGAAACAGGCUGGGAAGACCGGAAAAUGCAUGGACUACAAAACUGACGGAGAUUGGGUUCAGGGGGUUUAUGCUGCAAACCUUUUCUUUCUGGCCGGUCACGGUGCCGCCAAAAUCUCCACGUGUUUGCUUCUCCAACGGCUAGGUAGACAAAAGCACUACUUGCUCUGUUCUAAGAUUCUUCUGGGCGCGGUGGUGGUGUGGACAGUCACUUCGAUGUUGGCGAUUGCAACCAGUUGUCUCCCGCAAUAUCAGUUUAUGAUGCCUCAGCACUGUGGUAAUGUGGGCACCGCCUGGAAGGCAAUUACUGCGUUCGACAUUAUCACAGAAAUUUUCACCUUUGGGAUGAGUAUUUUACUAGUCUGGGGUAUUCAGAUGCAGCGGAAGGAGAAAGGGGCAGUGAUUUUUGCAUUUGGAACUAGAACUCUGUGCGUGCCUGAUAUUGCAAAAGAACAAGACUUGAAAUGGAUAUUAAUUUCGUUUGUGAUAUUUAGGUUGAUCAUAAUAACUAUAAUCCGACAAGUCUUUCUCGAUCGCUCACUUUUCCAUCAUGAUGCGCCGUUGCGUCUAUCGGAUUCAAUCAUUGCCACCGCCGCCCUCCUCCACUGCAGUAUCAUGAUGGCUACCGUGCCAUGUCUGAAACCCUUUGUUAUUUCAUUCAACACAGGAUGGGGACAGGGUGUAAAAAAUAGGAAUGGCGAAAAUACUUAUUUUACCCCUGCGGGGAAGAGCACAUCGGCUAUUCGAUCUCAAGCCUACACGACUAACCAAGGGGAGGAGGACGAGGCCAAUCUGACUGUUACCCGGCAUUCACGGGAUAGCCAGAACUCACACCGUCUGAUAAUUCACCAGAGGCGUGAAUGGACCGUAGAGGAGGACUAUGAAAUGCACUCUCUGGGAGAUGGCAUUUAA